UUUUGAUCAGAGUAUGAGUAUAUUAGGUGUUGAAAAAUUAAUACCUUUGAAAUGGUAGUUGACAUGCCGAAUUCUUUUUUCUUCAAAUUUUGAGACCCGCAAGAUGUCGGCCGCCCCAAAUUUUUUCAGAGUCGAGAUGUCAAUUAUCUUUCUCCUGAUUUCCGAUUUCCUGAUUAUUGAGUUCUAAUCGACCUUUCAAAUCCCAAGUGAGUCACUAAACAUUUUGGUCAAAGUAUACGUCUACCUACCUACAUGCACGCGAGAUUAUUUAUUGUAAAUAGUCUCCCCCACUCAUGAUAUAAAUAUGUGACCGUUACAAAAAUUAAGCGACAUUGCAGUGUGUUGGUCUACCUGAUCUCCAAAAAUAUUUGGAAAAUGUCACUUUUGAAGGCUACUGUUGUAUUCAUUCUUAUUUCAGCAGUUAGUACUGCUCCGGCAGGAUCGUUUUUGACAGAAGACGUAAAUUCUUGCAUUGAAUGGUUUUAUACCGCAGCUGAAACUAGAAACAUCUCAUGUUUGGGAGAAUAUGAUUUUUUGUCGAACGACAAGCAAAUCCAGAAAAUGGCGUUUUUGGAUGGCAAAUCUUGCUUCCUCGAUGCGACCAAAACCCAGUGCAGUUCCGGCUAUAAGACGAUCACUGAGAAUUAUGAAGGAAUUGUGAAUUUUCUCACCACACCACCAAACACAACAUCGGAUAGUUGCGAGGGCUCCUAUUAUUUUUACGAAUCAUUUAGAUGUACAGCUUUGAUCAAUGGGUUUGCAAAUAAGGUAAAACAUAUCUCACUGGAAGUUGAUUCUAAUGAUGCCAGGACACCCAAAGUGAUUGAGCAAUGUUUUCAAGCAGAGGAAUGCACCAAAUCAAACUGCUAUUUCACCGAUUCACAAAGAUCAACGCUGACGGACACAUGCGAGAGCAUGGCACUGAAAAACAGUUACUUCCUGAAAUGUGUUGCCGAACUUGAACAAAAGCGUCCAGAUAUCUCUUCGUAUCGUUGCCUCAAUGGGACGGACAUUUAUAGUGAGGAUCUGUCGGUUCAAAUCGAGCUAUUCACAACAAAAAGAGGAUGUUCUAGAUGGGUUAUGAGGAAGCAUUGUGGUGAAAAAUCGAUGAUUGAUUUUCGCCAGAAUGCAGAGAUUUAUGUCAAGACUCUUGAGAAAUUAACUCAAAGUGGAAUGACUGGAUGAGCCUGAAACAUUUUGAAAC